GUAUAUUGUGUUAUACAGUAUCAAUUUAAGGGUUAAAAAAGAAGAUGCGGUAGGUUAUGAAAAAUGGUGUUAUUAACUACAGUCCAUUUCGAUGGUUUAACCAAACUAAUUAUCAGAUAUGCGUCUAUAGUGAAUGAUGUAACAAUUUCUCUGGGGCCUGACGCAUUCUUUAGAAGCCUUAUAUCAAGCAGUCGUUUUAAAAUGCUCAUAGAGACAAAGACAAACAAAUCAUAGGAUAUAAAGAUAAAACCGGACGUUAUUCAACCGGCUCCAAAAUUAACUGCGACUAAAAAAAUACAACAGGAAAGAAGAAAGUCCUUAGUUUAUCCCCAACCACGAGUACGUCAGCCGCGAGUUCCAAGAUUUAUACCUAUUACAGAAAGUCGCCCACUAACAGCCACGUGGGAACUUUUAAAAAUUAAACAAGACCAAGAGUCUUCAGCAAUAGAAGUCGAUAUUCGUGAAAGACGUAUUAAAAGACAUCUUUAUGAACAAGACAUGUUACUAGCGGAUGCUGCGAUUUCAGUACAACAAUUCGAUUCCCGUCUCAGAGAACUACAGAGAGAACGCAUACGAGUACAGGAAAAAAAUGAGCUUCUGGAACUUCACUUACACCAAUUGCAUCAAGAAAUGAACGUCCUGAACCGUUUCGAAGCGCAAGAAGAUCGACUGGCUGAGCGCGUUUACGCUAAACUGAUGCAGAUUCGCGGUAUUCAAGAUCAAAUUCAAGACUGCGAGCAACGUAUCGAAGAGCACAAGACUGAAAAAGAACAACUGGAUACCGCAUGCCAGGAAAUGCAACGCCAGUUUAAACAACUCGUACAGGAUAAUAAAUUUGCUGAUUUCUUGAGAAGAAUUUUUAAGAAAAAAUACAGACCACCUCGUGACAGGGAUGACGAUGAGUCAUCGGAAUCUGAAUCGUCGAGUUCAUCCAGUGAGGAAGAAGAUGAAGGGAGUCUCGACAGCCGUGAUAUUGGCCCGAUACGUUUAGAUCCUAAUGUAUGUCCCGAAGGAUGCGACAAAGCAAUCUAUGAUAAAACUUACGAACUCCGUAAUAACAGACAUCAAUAUGAGCAUGAAAUGCUGGAAAAAGAUCGGCUUAUAGAUCUUCUGCGCAAGGACAUUGAUGCUCAUAACAAAGUGAAACGAACGCUGUCUACGCAACUGGACAAGAGGAAGAACGAUCUCAAGGAAUUUAUGAUGGAGAAACAAAGCUGUAUGAACGAGGUGGACCAGGUGGUUGUGUUGCGUUACGAUCAAAUCCGUGCAUCAGCAAUUCGCGAUUGCACAGAAGCACAAGGGCUAUCCAACACCGUAGUCUUUCCAGAAAGAUUACUCAUGAAACUGCGCCAAAGAGUGGUCGAGUUGCAAGACGAAAUUAAGCAACAGAAACAACGUCAAAAGAUAAAUCGCACGCAUCUUUUCCGUAUGAAUAUUGACCUAAAAGCUAUGGAAGCGCAAGCUCAAGAACUACGAGCAAAAAUGCGCGAUGUGCUAACUCGAAAACUGGGCAAACCACGUCACGUCGAUCGUACUCUGGACGAUUUGCUGCGACAAAUGACACGUCGACACAAAUUUUCUGCCACUUUAGGCUCCUUAACACAAAUUAUGCAACAACUUCGACAGUGGCACGAACGUCAUGGCGAAUUGGAAAAGAAGUAUCUAAAACUCCUUAACCAGUAUUCGGAGCGACUUCGUUUAGCAGCCGCUCUACAAGCGGAUGUUUUGCCACAAAAGCGAUCAAAAGAACCGACUGUUAUGGCGGGUGGAUAUGAACCAGAAGAGUAUAAACGAGACGUUGUUCGCCUUCGAAUAAUUCGCUCGCAGCAAUUACAACAAAUCGAGGCACUAUCAGGAGAGAUAAACAGUUUGCGACUAAAACCUUUGUCGCAAGUGUCUCAGCCAGCAGAGCUCCCGCCGGCCGAAUCUGAACGCUCGCAAAUCCACCUCUCUGUGCUACCACGCGUAACGCCAUUGCAGCGUAAAAAGUAUUUUCCAAUAACACCUCUAGGUUCUCAAACACAACUCAUACACGACGUAAACAUAACGAAACUACUGUACGACUGUCUGGAUGCAAUGCGAGUAACAAGAGACGACGCCGAUCAGCUUCUAAAAGAUCUCACUGACGAGUUGCCCGACGUUUUGUCAGGCAUGAAGUCACGUUAUGAAGUCAUAGAUUCGUUAGUUCGCAAGUGGCUGCUUAAGUACGGCGGUGACCCGAGCCAUUACAAGAAACAAACUCGUGCCUUCGAUUCACUUGCUACUUUAGCUGAUCGUCUUAUUAAACAACACGUAAGUCUAUCAUAUGGACCAUUUUAAUUUGCUUUUUGCUCAUUUUGUUUAUCUCAUAUUAUCAUGUUAUCGUGAACAACAAACAAAAAGAACCGCGGUAGUUCUGGGAUGAAAUAACAUGAAAAUAGCCCGUCAAUAUAAAAAUGAUCGUACAGCGUACAAUCCUUCAAUUAGAUCAGAUGCUUUUAACUAUUAUAUAUCCGGUGUCCAGUAAUUAAUGGAUAACCUUGAAAUGGGUCACGGCAGAACUAAUGGCCUUUC